AUGUUUAAUCAAUUAAGCUCUUAUUUUUCUCGUGGCCGAGACAGUGAUGUUGUGCGUGCAGAGCAUUCCUACUCUAAACCCUGGUCAACACACCCGGAUGCCAAUCGUUCUCGUCCGAUCAGAAAGCUGCUGGUGAGGGUCGAGGCUGACGAAGGAGGCAGAAGGGAUUCUGAUGGUGAAGUCGACGUCGAGACGUGCAAGGAUCGAGAACAUUCUUUUCCCAAUAUUUACGACUUGAAGAGAGCGCGGAAUGUGAUGGAUGAAUGUGAGACUCAUAGUGACUUGGUCAAUAGGAAGAAACUGGGAGACGACUGGAGUGAGCUGUUAGACAAAGAUGGAUGGACUGCUGCUCAACAUACACUGUUUGACAAGAUAAUUACUAUAUUGGAGGGUGACGUCGUGGCACGACUGGCAUAUGCUGGGGAUGUUAGUGAGCCCCUCAUGAGGAGGUUGUAUAAUGAUAAAACAGCGAAGAGAGUUCGGAGAGUCUUGGGCGAUAUUGCUUGGGAGGAGUCGUUGUGUCAGUGGUUGCAUUCUACGUUGUCUGACAAUCUGAGCAGUCAGUUGCUUGGUGUUUAUCUUGACGUCUUACAAGUAUUACGAUCCAAGGUUCCCAGUCUAGUCGAUAUGAUGACAUCAUCGUCUGUCUCAGCAGCUCCCGCAACCAGUGAGGCUCUCGCUCUUCUUCUCAAAAGGCCGUGGGACCCAGCAAUCGCUCUAACAGUUCAGAGUAAACAAAGGAAGCUGACAGGCUCACCAUUUCUUGUUCUUGUUCCGUCAACUCCGAUGAGUCCAUCGCUACCGUCGACUCGUAGAUCACGAGCUUGGCACAACCAACUGUCAACGCUUGGUCGUGUUGUUCCGGUGACCGUUUCGUCUAGCGUUUACCACGAAGGUUCAGGAGUGUCUGCUGAUGUGUGUGCUGAAAAGAUGAUUUAUGUGACUCGAUGCAAAGUACAAGAGCUUCAAGGUCACUUCAACACACGACCCGUUGUCCUCAUCGGUUGGGGUGCAGGAGCACUAGUCGCUUGCAAAGUGUCGCAGAUGGAAGACGUAACGGCCGUCGUAUGCCUCGGCUUUCCAUCAAGAGGACUCGGAGGAAAACAAGAUACUAUUGAAGACAUGUUGCUGGAACUGACCACGCCCACAUUCUUUGUCGUCGGAUCUGAUGCCGUCAACUGUGACGUCUCUCGUUUGGAUGAGCUGAGGGAGAGAAUGAAAGUAGAAAACAGCAUGACAGUCGUCAAUGGUGCAGACGACCAGCUGCGGGUAAACUGGGAGAAGAAGAAAAUAGAAGGAGUCACUCAGACUGUUGUUGAUCGUUGCUUGCAGGAAGAGAUCGGCGAGUUUCUUUGCUACACUCUCACCCUGGCAACGUAUCGAGCAAUCAUCGACGUCGACACGAUCGAAGUUUCUCGCAGCACACGAACUCGUCGCAAACCUCGAACAGUUUCAUUGGACAGCAAGUCGUACACACCGACCAACACAAGACACGAUGCUUUACAAUCUUCAGCGAAACGACACAAAGAAUCGCCAUCUGUGAAAUCGUUGACUGCCCUACCACCAAGAACUGACACACCAGUCACUAUGGCAGGGACACCACCUCAGCACACAGGCCAGAAUGUCCUCACCCCAUUCACCUUUAAGCCGUCUCCACCACUGACGGUCGUAUCAUCAGCUACUCAGUCACUCAUUCGAGUGACGAUGGCAGGUCAAGUGCAUUCGACGAAGACACCACAGUUUGCUGGCGGCGGAGGAACCGUACGACCCCAACACACUCCGGUCCACAUGGCAACGCAGUUGGCUAGUAAAGGCGUGGGCGUGGUCAAUCGAGCACAGCCUAUGUAUUCUGGAUCGGGUGGCGUCACUAAACCUCGCGAUUUAUCACACGUUUAUGUGCCAUCGUUGGCUUCUCAGAUGCCUGCUUCAACGUCGUCUCCUGCUGUUUCCAAAGCAACGACUCUUUCCAUUGCUGCAGCUUCGAGUACGUCGUCACCAGUUGUGACAUCGACGACGACUGCUCAGCCGUCUGUGUCGAGCUCUUGUCAUGCGGUUGGCAUUAGGAACGAGCGGGCGUUUCAAUAUCAUCAGGUCAAUCCAGGACCCAGCGUUGUACCGACGUCUGCAUCUGUGGAGAAAGCAGGAAUGAAGAUAUUGAAUGGAGAGAGUGGCCGUUUGGCAGCUGCAGGUGGUAAAGACGGUGGAAAGGAUGUAAAGCCUGAGGAGAAAGAGAGUGAGAAGAAAGCGAGUGUGGCAAAGGUGGUUGUUGAUGAGAGAGAGAAAGGCAAAGAUGCGGAUGAUGCUGAUCGGACUGAUGAUGAGGACGAUGACAAAUUCUUCAGAUACUGAUGGAAACAUCGUGAAAUGUAGUUACUAAUGACGUCAUGCAGUUAAUCGAGUUAAUUAUUGUGGUUGUUGUGAGAUUGACUAGAUCUCACAGAGCACGUGGCUUGAGGUCACCCUUGUAGCCGCGGAGUCCAGACAGUUGAACAUGAUUAAUGAUUAAAUUAAUUUACUUGAAACAUGCCAUGCAUAUCUUUAAUUGUUAUGUAGACGUAUAUCAAUUAAUAAUUAAAACAUAUAUGCGUAAA